AUGUCUCCUCCGAUCGCCACCUCGCCCACCCUUGACCGUGCCGCCCCUGUCGUCACCAAGGACCUGCCGAUCAAGCAGCAGAACGGCGCUGUCAAGGGCGACAUGGCCAAGACUACCGUCGACGAGAUGGCGGACAAGUGGGACGAGUUCAAGUUCGCGCCCAUCCGUGAGAGCCAGGUGUCGCGUGCCAUGACACGCCGCUACUUCCAGGACCUCGACACCUACGCUGAGUCUGACGUCGUCAUCAUCGGCGCCGGCUCGUGCGGCCUUAGCACCGCCUACAUGCUCGCCAAGGCGCGUCCCGACCUGAAGAUUGCCAUCAUCGAGGCUGGCGUCGCUCCCGGCGGCGGUGCCUGGCUCGGCGGCCAGCUCUUCUCGGCCAUGGUGAUGCGCCGCCCGGCCGACGCCUUCCUGCGCGAGCUCGGCGUGCCCUACGAAGAAGACUCGGCCGACUCCAACUACGUCGUCGUCAAGCACGCCGCGCUCUUCACCUCAACAGUGCUCUCCAAGGUCCUGCAGUUCCCCAACGUCAAGCUCUUCAACGCGACCGCCGUGGAGGAUCUGAUCACGCGCCCCCUCGCGUCGGGCGACGGCGUCCGCAUCGCCGGCGUCGUGACCAACUGGACGCUCGUCAGCAUGCACCACGACGACCAGAGCUGCAUGGACCCCAACACCAUCAACGCCCCCGUCAUCGUCAGCACCACCGGUCACGAUGGCCCCUUCGGCGCCUUCUCCGUCAAGCGCCUCGUCAGCAUGCAGCAGCUCGAGAAGCUCGGCGGCAUGCGCGGUCUCGACAUGAGCCGCGCCGAGGACGCCAUCGUCAAGCGCACCCGCGAGGUCGCCCCGGGCUUGGUCGUCGGCGGCAUGGAGCUGUCUGAAGUCGACGGCGCGAACAGGAUGGGCCCGACCUUCGGUGCCAUGGCGCUGAGUGGCGUCAAGGCUGCCGAGGAGGUCCUCAGGGUGUUUGAUGAGAGGAAGGCCGAGAAUGAGAAGUACUGA